AUGGAACCCGAGACUGCGACGUCGAACGUCCAGGCCGCAAAGCCGGAGCAUGCGGAUCUUUCUGGUAAGGCCAGAAUAACGUGGCGCUCGGCAGUCAAACUGCGAAGGCAACUGACAAAACAUAUGGAAAAGCUUCCAAAAGAUAACAACUCUGGUGUUGACAUCCCCCAGUUUGAGGCGAUGGAUACGGUUCUGGAUAAAUUCCGCCUUGCCUGUGUGCAGACCAUCUAUCUCGACUUCGAAUAUGCUGUCGCCGAGCGUACCGACUAUACUAUGUGGCAGGUGCAUACUAGUAUCAACAACGAAUAUCGAAAAGCCCUGGUUCGCCUCCGACACUUGGCCCAAAAUUCGGACAAGCAAAAGACCGACAAGACGGCCAACGAAAAGCGCAUUGGCGACAAGGAUAAGAACAAGGGGGAGAAACAAAGCACCCCAAAGCAAAAGGGUGACAAGCGCAAUGUGGAGCGACGGAAGUUUGGGGAUAAGUAUCUGGGCUUUCUACAUGUCGCUCAGGAGUUCUACAAGGGUUAUGUCCAGCGCCUCUCUGCACGAUACGACAUCCCCGAAUUGAAGCGCAUUGCUCAAGGCGUCGAGGUGGACGGAUCCUCCAGUAGCGAUCUCAUCAGUCCCGUACCCGAUUCGAUCUAUCCGCUGGUCAUCAAUUCAUGCCACUUUACUCUCAUUUGUCUCGGCGACCUGGCGCGUUAUCAGGUUCAGUCAGGCCUGAAGAAGUCGAGCUAUAAGGUUGCACUGGCCUAUUACAGUCUUGCUCACGAUCUGAAACCCGAUUCCGGUUUCCCGUUCCACCAGAUGGGCAUGAUAAGCCUCGAGGAAGGCAAAGAUUUGGAUAUCCUUUACUACUUUUACCGGAGCAUCGCAACGGCUGAUCCCCAUCCCAACGUGAAGCAGAAUAUUGAGUCCAAGUUCAAGAGCUAUUUUCAGCCGGAUAAGAACCCGCCUAAGAAGCAAGCGCGUGGACCAAGCGAUGCAUUCGUCACCUGGUUUACUAAACUUCAUGCUUCCUACUAUAGGGAUGAGACCAUGGCAGGCAGCGGGGAGCUUGAAAGGGAAGUUCUUCAUCGGCUUGAUAUGGCUUCCAAGAACCCUGACUAUUCCGAGGUUCUGUUCAGGAUGUCGCUGAUCAACAUGUCGAGCUACUUCAUCGCCACCCAGAAAUAUACCGAGGCACAAACACAGGCCGCUUCACGCUUUUGUCACUAUACUUUGCGCAUCAACGCUCAGUUCAUUCUUGCGUUCUGCUCGGCACUCACAUCUGAGCUCACCAAUAUUGUCGGCCGCGAGAACCCUGCUUCCGAGGACCCGGCAACGGCUAAAUCAACCCCUGUGAUCGAGGCGCUUCUACCUCUGCUUCGUAUAUACGGUAUGUGGCUGGCUGCGCGUCGCCAGGAAAUAUUCGCGGCUGGAAAAGCUCUUGGCACCGUACUGCCAAGUAUGAUGAAGGCUAUGUCAAAGGUCCUCUCACUAUUGUGCAACGAGACAUAUACCCAGGAAAAACUGGCCUCAUGCCCAUACCUUCUCGCGGAGGAUGUCCAGACCCAAGGUCUGCUUCCCCUUGCCCCGGAUCAGGUUCCGCAAGCUUGCCGAUCCUACUUUUCUGAGAGCGGUGGCUUGAAGCCAAGACUGCUAUCCCCAGAGAGACGACUCGGCGCUUUCCAGGAGACACUGGCACGAAUCUUGGACAUACUGCGAUGCGCCUACUUCCUAGCCGGAGACGACUUGUGCCCUCUUGCCAUCCAUGUCUCCGACGAGAAAGGCCUUGCUUUUGAGUAUAAGGAAAAGCCCACCGCGAACGAAUAUACUUCCCAGCCGGUGGCUAUUGUGAGUUCUCCUGCACGGGAAUCCCAGAGCAACAUCAGGACUGCCAGUCGACAUCGCACCAUUUCGGACAACACGCAAACAGGGAACCGACUUGCGUCCAAGGCAGACGCGAGGAGGGCUUUUGCUGCAUCUAUCGAGACACAGCCUCCCCAUGAGCAGUCCGUACCUGACGAUGCUGAUAACACUGUUAUCAACAUGCUUGCUCCUUUCCUAAGGCCUCCUACCCCUGAACAGGCACAAUCUGGUCUCCGCUCCACUGAUGAGACCUCAUACGGAAUGCAUAGCACAACUGCGAACGAGGUCUUUGGAAUGCUUCAGGCCAGCCCUACUACAGGCUCCAUGCCCUCUGGCAAGUUUGAACCUCUUCCCUGGGACUGGGUAUACACCCCGACACCCCAUAAGGGUAACGAUACCUCGGUAUCAUACAAGGAUGCUUUCGAAGGCCCUAUUAGUCCUAACUUUUCUAUAAGAAAAACGUCACGCACCGUUAGCGCAUUUGACGACCCUUUCACCAACUCAACCCCUCAGCUACCAACCAUGCCAACUCCUCGAGCUGGCAGUGGCAUGAUGGCCAGUCCCCGUGUUAGCUCAGCGGCCGAAGAGGCUCAUCGCAACAACUUGCUUCAAACUUUUGGUAGCUCCGCCCCUCGUACUUCGGUAUCCAGCCAAUGGGGCCAUGACCACAACCGCACGGCCAUCGAGACAGCACCUCAAUCACAUGGUCCCCAUGACUACGCCACGUCUUCCUCUUUAUCUGCGUUCUCGCACCCAAGCAGUUUGUAUCAAGGCACACCUGCUAAUGGGAUUACUCUCGGCAUGCCAACUGGAGUUGGCUAUAUGGACACGAGCCGCUACGAUCGCAAUCACGUUCAGGAUCCUGCACCAUCCUCGUCAGGCCGACGUUUUCAAAUGGAUGAAACGACGUCCAGCUAUGAUGCUGCCAUUUUGCAGGCUGCCUUUUAUGGCAAUAAGUAA